AUGUCCAACAUAACAACAGAAGACGGCAUGGACAAACCAAACACCAUGCACAGAGAAAACAAUACAGACGACCUUGAGCUCGAAGCUCAGGGCUACAAACGCGCCAUGCCGCGACGAUUUUCAUUGUUAUCACUCCUCUCGCUCUCUUUCGCUCUUACAGCUAGCUGGAAUGGUUUUGGAAGCGCUAUUGGCACAGGCCUUGUUGAAUUUUCUGCCUCCGGAGUACUUUGGACGCUCAUCAUUGCGGCUACUAUGAGUUGGAUCGUGUCACUGGGUAUGACAGAGCUCUCUUCUGCUUAUCCAAAUUCCGGAGCCCAGUAUUACUGGUCAUUUCGCGUCGCAGCCCCUGAGUGGGCGCCCUUUGCUUCUUUUGUUUCUGCCUGUGUCAGUACAGCUGGCUGGUGGCUUGGGAACGCCAGCGUGGCCAACUUUAUCGCGGCAAUGAUCCUGGCUAUGGUGAAGAUAUCCAUUCCAGAAUACACCAUUCAACCAUGGCAUCAGUGGCUUCUUUAUACGGCAGUCCUCUGGCUGGCCGUGGCAAUCAAUGUAUUUGGUAGUCGAUUCGUGCCGCUAUUUUCUAAGUUCUUUCUCUACUUUUCACUGGCAUCACUUCUCGCAACUAUUAUUGCUAUCCUUGCCUGCGCUGCUCCCAACUUUCAGAAAGCCUCCUGGGUGUUUGGGGACACCACCAAUUCUACCGGUAGGGACAACAAAGGACUCCUUUUUAUAUUAUGCCUAUUGAACAAUGCGUACGGGUUUAUGGGCACUGAUGCCGGCGCUCACCUGGCGGAGGAGAUACCAAAUCCUAUGAUCAACGUUCCCAAGGUCAUCGUCAUGCCUGUAUUCAUCGGGUUAAUCACGACAUGGCCGUUUGCUCUUGCUUGUCUGUUUGUCAUUGUCGAUGUGGAAAGAGUCAUCGCUCCGCCGAGCGGACUCCCUUUGAUCGAGAUUUACUAUCAAGCCACUGGAAGCAAGGCUGCGACAAUUGCGCUUCUGGCGGCCUUCGCAUUGUGUAUGUUUGGCUGUGCAACUGCCAAUAUCGCCGGCUCCAGUCGUCAGAUUUGGGCGGCAUCGCGAGACAAUGCCUUUCCUGGUUCUCGUUGGUGGUCUCAAGUAUCCCCUCGCUUCCAGAUGCCUCUGAAUGCGGCUGUUCUCUCCGCUGUCUUCGCCAUGGCGAUUAUACGGCCUAAUUUUUCUUGGAUCAUCAACCGCCUUUGCAUCUAUGCCGCCACUAGGCAUGACUCUGACCCUGAUUGCCGCUGGUCGCCGCCAAGGCCACAUGCUGCCAAGCGCCUGAGGUUUCGCUUCCAGGGCCCGCGACAACCUCAUCUUGCUGCGCUGUUCGACAUCGUGAUGGAUUAUGGCCCUUCAACAUCUCGCAAAGGUCGCCCACCAAGACUGGCCAGAAAUGACUGUCAUACAUGCGUGGCACGGCGGCAGAAAUGCGACAAAGCAUGGCCCCGCUGCGAGAAUUGCCAGAGGUCAGGCAAGAUCUGUGGCGGGUUUGCAAUGCAGCUGUCCUGGCAGCCAGGGUUCUCUACUCACAGAAAGCCCGUCAAGAAGUCCAUCACGCGCAGGUUACGUUGGCACGCAUCCGCAGACUCGUCGGUUGCACGUCAGUUCGAGUUCAUCAACGAGCAUCCGGCAGAAUUGACAGAAGAUAAUGAGUCGGCUCUCACCUCGACAUCUCCUCACCCACCAGCACGGGCUGCCAGCAACGCCAGGCUCUAUUUGCCAUCAAAGCCCAGAACCGCCCUCCUCUGUCCGAGCCCGGCAGAAGGAGCACGUAAAGACCAAGGCGACACGGACCAACCAGAGCUUUCAAAUCUCGAUGAAUCAACCUUCUUCGAUAUGGACCAGACACCCUGGUAUCCGAACAAGAUGGAUGCAAUCGCGGAGUCGCAAUCUCGUUCCAACAGUGCUGAAGAAAAGAGCCACUGUGCGACACCGCCCGGGGAGCAUUGGAGCUAUCAGGCCAUCCUCCCAGUUAUUUCAGACAAUCUUGACAUUUUUCAUGGCGUCCCGAGUCUACCGUUCUCGGGGGGGCCAUCUACUUCCACAUACAGAGACCUACAGGCAUUUUCAUCCCAUUUCCUUCACACGAUGCCCGCAAGCGUUGUGUACGACGGACAGUUCCAGCGGCUGGAACCUAUAUUCGAACGAUACAAUAACGAGUUCUGUGUCAUCCCAUUGACGUUGGACUUGCCCUUGAAUCCGUUCCGCUACCGCACGGCGGCCGUGAAAAGGUCUGGAUACCUGCUGCAUUCCGUGCUAGCUUUGUCAUGCCAUCAUAUCGACAAUUCGUCUUCGAGUGGUAGCGGAGAUCAGCUUUCGGAAACAAUCCUUGAUCACGGUCGAAUCGCGCUUCAAUUGUUCCGUCAGGCUCUCAACAGUGACAGCGUCGCUCAGAUGAGCUCUUCCUUGCUCGACACUAUUGUGAUCUUGUUCUCGUUGGAUGAAGCCUAUUCCCUCCUCGGAAGCUGGACGGCGCACUUGACUGGCGCAUACAGCAUUCUGGAAAUUGGUGGCGGCACAGCAGCGUGGACCAAGAAUCCUAGGACUGUGGUUCAGGUGGCUCUCCUCACGUGGUGGGAUGCCGUGAUAAGCUUGGUCAACCGAACGCCAUGUGUCUUUCCGUACGAAUAUUUCGAGUCCGUUCUGGCUUGCUGCGACGAUCGAAUCUGGACUUUUUUCGGAUUGUGCGGCUGUCCACAAAGUCUCGUGGUCUCGCUAGUCCAAUUAGCACACGCGGCAGCAGAAAAGCAGAAAUCUGCGUCGAUGCGCUGGGUUGUGUUCGACAACAGCCUCGUCUCAGAGAUCGAGCAGUCGCUCGAAGCUUGGAGUCAUACCCCGUCCGACACCGCGUUUGACGAUGAAGAGAGUAUGCAUCAAGACAUGGAUUGCAUGCAUUGUUCCGAAGCAUGGCGGAAUGGUCUUCUCCUCUACAUCUACCGUGUCUUUCGGUGGGAACCGGGCGACACACCUCCUAUGCAGGUAAUCAACCGCGCCAGAGUCAUCAUGGAUCACGCUUGUGCAUGCCGCGACGACCAAUUUGUUGCCAGACAGGCUCUACUGCCCCUUUUCUUUGCAGGUUGCGAAUUGACAGACCUCUCCGCACGGAAUAAGAUCAGAGUGCUAUGCUCUGUGUGGAAUGAACGAACUCGAUACCACAUGUUUGGCGCCAUGAUUCCACUGCUCGAAGAAGUCUGGACAGCCCAAAAGGCCCAUGGCCCUGAAUAUGUGUGGUGGGGCCAAAUAGUGGACAAAAAGGGCUCAGCUGAGUCGCGGCACUCGCUCCAGAUGCGGAUUUGCUUUGGCUGA